UUGUUUAUAACCACAUCUGGGUUACUCGGUUACCACAUUCUAAAGGGUGCUGUACAACACAUCAAAGGCGACAAUGGCGUAAACAUAUUUUUAUUCGGAGCAUGCGACCCAAUUAAUUAUCAAGACGACGUGGAUUUGUGUUCCGCCUCUAUUUUAACCUGGAGUUUAAUAGCUGGAGCGAAAAAACGCAUUGAUCUACUGACUAUUCCGAAUCGGCUGAUGGGAUUUCGUAAAUGGACACAUUCACAUAUUCAACGGCUAUUACUUUCAGUUUAUGCAUUGAUUACUACUUGUUUAAUUGCUAAUAAUUUAUCAAAAAAGACCGUCGAUAAUAAUGAUUAUUUGGCGAAUAUGAAAGAUCAGGGACAAGAUUCGCAUAUCUAUAAUUCUUACUUUCUCCCGUAUUAUGUAGCCAUGUAUUUGUACGUGAAAAGUAUUAUUGCAACGGCUUUUGAAAUUAAGAGUCACUUGGGAAGUGAUAAUCCGGAAAAAAUCGCAGUUGAUUAUC